GGUCGUCUUGAGCUGACAUCUGCGGUCCCGCAUCAUGCAGUUUAUACGAGCUUGAAUGGCCCUCACACAAGUAGUUGACGAUGAUUCCCGGUCUACAGCCGUCGCGGCCAAAGCCCCCACAGCGGCCUGCACUGCCGACCUACGCGCAUGAACAGCGACGCGCUGCUCACUCUUCAUCACCUCAAACCUCACAGCCACCUAGCUCUCCCAUAAACCCCGCAAGGCCGCGGAUUCAAAUCGAGGCCAUGCCUCCAUUUGGUCCUCCACACACUCCCGCUACCUUCUUCACACCGCUUUACGACAGCGCGAUCCGUCACCCUGUCUUCUUCACCCAGAACUUGAAAAAGCCGCCGUUUCCAAUACCGCAGAAUACAAGUCAAGGUUGGAAUCCUGUAGCGAGUGGAUACGUCAUAGAGCAAAGGGCAACCGAGGCUGCUGGGAAGGCGAAGUUAUGACUGAUUCUAAUGAUGUUGUUGCAUUGCGCGGAGUUACGGAGCAUCAAAUUGAGCAUAGUUAUGAUAACAACUCAAGCUUUUUCUUUGGAUCUGAUUAUGGAGGAGGGUAUCUGAAAUGUUACAAGAGAUGAGAGAGGACCACAUACUAAAAGCGAGCAUUACGGCGUAAACAGAAACCACCGCCGUCGUCUAAAUGAAGAGAAAUAAUCCCAACGACUUUCCUAUCAGCUUUCCAUAGUACUUCCAGCCUUUCUUAAUCAUCGGGGCAUUCUCCUCAUCCACGUUAUGCUUCUCCAUGACCCUCAAGAAGACCUCAUCAAAUGUCGAGGGACUCACAGAAUAAUACUCUAAACCCAAGGAUUCUUUGUUUUCCUCGAGCAGCACGAACAACUUAC